AUGAGUCUCACCGAGAAGGACAAAGCCGCAGUCAGGAACUUCUGGGCUCUGGCCUCUAAAAGGGCUGACCUUAUCGGGAGCGAAGCUCUGUCCAGGAUGAUCUACGUAUACCCUCAGACCAAGACCUACUUCUCCCACUGGAAGGAUUUGAGCCUCGGAUCCGCUCCCAUCAAGAAGCACGGCAAGGUCGUCAUGGCUGGCGUCGGCGAUGCCAUCGGCAAAAUCGACAACUUGACUACCGGUCUGCUGAGCCUUAGCGAGUUGCACGCCUUCACCUUGAGAGUGGACCCUAGCAAUUUCAAGGUUCUGGGCCACUGCAUCCUUGUGGUGAUGGCCAUGCUGUACCCCGGCGAAUUCACCCCAGAGGUCCAUGUCAGCAUGGACAAGUUCCUGGCUGCUCUGACGCUCGCUAUUAGUGACAAGUACAGAUGA